AUAUGAGUACCGUGUGGAGAUGGUGCAUCAGGCCUCACGCGAUCCUUCUAGAAACAUUGCGCGCGAAUUCGCCUCCGAGUUCGAAGUUGGCGAAUGCUGGGGCUACAAUCGCUUCUUCCGCUUGGACCUCCUAUCUAAUGAGGGCUACCUCUCACCCUCUGAUGAUACGUUAGUGUUGGAAUUUCACGUCAGGGCACCGACCUUCUUCCAGAAGUGUCGCGACCUGCAGUGGUACGUCUCCCAGCUGGAAACCAACGAAGGCAACUACCUGGCCCAGAUUGCAGACUACAAGGAUCGUCUAGCACUGGAGCUGGGUCGUGCAGGUGCCACAGCCAAUGCUGUAACCAGUACAACAGCAGCAGCUGGCGAGCCCGGUCCUAGCGCGCCU